AUGGACAAUUUUGGAGAAAGCAAGUGUGAAGCUACUGCAGAAGAAGUUUUACAAAAUAAUUUUCAAGGGUCAAUAGAUCGUGAGCCUGCGCUUGGUCUUGAGUUUGACGACAAUGAGAGUGCAUUUAAUUUUUACAAUGAGUAUGCAAGAAGGAUUAGUUUUACUGUUCACAAAGAAAAUUUGAACGACGUACAAACUCAUGAAAUCGAUUUGGCGGAGGAUGCUGGAUUAUUUUCUAAAGGAACUUUUGAUAUUAUAAGUCUUCAAGCUGGUGGCCGAGCAAAUUUGGGCUAUACUAAGUUAGAUCAUAAGAACUACCUUCGAACCAAAAGGCAAAAAGCUAUGGGACAAGGAGAAGCAAGAGUACUAUUAGAAUAUUUUGAGAAAAAAAAAGUUGAUGACCCAUCUUUCUUUUUUGUGGUACAGUUGGAUGUUAAUGAUAUGAUCACGAACAUAUUUUGGGCAGAUUCUAAGAUGAUAAUAGAUUAUGAGAUUUUUGGAGAUGUGCUUUCAUUUGAUACUACGUACCAGACAAAUAAAGAGCAUAGACCUUUGGCUAGUUUCCUUGGAUUUAAUAACCAUAGAAAAAUGAUUAUUUUUGGAGGUGCACUGAUGUAUGAUGAGACUUCAUAA